GAGAGAUUCCGCGAGCAGCGAGGCUAACAAACUCGACUGCGAGGAGGAGUCGUCCGGGAGGAGCGCGACGACGACACUCGAUCCCUGGCCGAUAAUGGAUGGAGAUGGGCGAGCGAACGUCGUCGAUGAGCGAGUAAGACGGCUUUGCAUAAUCCGCCGGUCCGCCUCGUCGAGAGUAGAAGCGGAGGAAGAGACGGUGCCACGCGGCGUGUUUUUACGAGGAUCGACCGCUCCGCGAAAUCAAAGGUAGAGAAGAAACGACGGGGUAAACGUACGGGACGGAAGAAGGCGUCGUCCUGCACCGAGGAUUCUUCUCGUCAUCGACGACGGCAGGCGUUCUCGUCAUCGCGAGGAUUCCCCGAGAAAGAUCGCGGACCGGUUGUCGCUCGACGAAGGAAAUCGUCCGAGAUCCUUGUUCUUUUUCUUUCUCUCCUCCUUCAAGAGCGUCGCGCGAUGCGGAGAUCUAACCAGGGGGAGAAAGUGCAUCUCCUCCUCGUCGAAAGCGGAGCAAGGUGAUUAAUCACCCACCAUCGCGAACGCAUUGACCAGUCGAUGCAGCUGCUGCACCCGCGUAAUCUUCUCGGUCCAAAGCCGGCUAGACGCGGGAUCGACGGCGAAACGGGAUAGGAAUUAUUAUCGCCACGUGGUGCGAGUGAGUCGAGACAAGGAACGAGACAGCCGGAGAACGUACGACCCAGACGCAUAGGAAACAAUCGCGCGCGCGCGAGCAAAAGCGACAAUAAUGACGACGCUGGAGAUAAGUGCGGAACCCCGACAAUAAAUAUAUAAGACUGAUAGCGCCCGUGGAAAAGAGGAGGAUAACACUGCCUAUGUAGGAAGGAGACGGCCGAGUAACGACUGCGCGCGCGAAUUAUUCCCCCUUGCUUCUCAGUGCGAACAAAACGUGAGGCGCGUUCCGCGCAGCAAGAAACUUGGCGACAAUAGUACGCGUCUUUGCAUCUUCCCGCGAAGAGAUCGCUCCGAGGAUUUUUCCCACCAUGCGAAUAUCGACCGGCCAGCUCCGCGCGAAGAGAAGAGACAUGGAAAUCGCGAGCAUCGACUUUGCGAGCAUCUUCGAGACGUCCUAAGACGAGGGGAAAGAACAAUAGGUGGCGAAGAAACGUAAAGAGAUGUCACUGAAUCACAGAUAUUACGUAACAACAAUACCGGACGAGGGGGAGGAUAAUUUCAAAAUGCCCAGGGCUUCCGUAGUACACAUGGCAUCGACGGCGACGAGACCGCAGCACAUGUCACAGGUUCUGGCGACUUUGGCACUAUCUAUGGGAACUCUUUCGUCCGGUUUGGCCAAGGGCUACACCUCGCCAGCGUUGGACUCGAUUUUGGACAACCAACGGCCGCAUCUUUAUCAAUCAUCGAACAAUGACACGUGGUCGGCUUUCUCGAUUACCCAACAGGAAGCUUCGUGGGUCGCGUCGCUGUCAAUGCUGGGCGCAUGGUUCGGCGCUAUGAUAGGCGACUGGAUAAUGCGACGAGGUCGACGUUUGGCUCUGCGCGCUACAUCUCUGCCCUUGGCGGGGGCCUGGGUCUUGACGGGCGUCGCGCCUUGCGUGGAAUUGGUGUACGUCACCAGUUUUAUCGGCGGUCUUUGCUGCUCGGUCAUCACCAUGGUGGCUCAGGUGUAUAUAUCGGAAAUCUCGAUGCCGGGCAUCCGCGGCUGUUUGUCGGCCAUGUUGAAGGUGCUGGGUCACGUCGGUGUCCUGCUGUCGUACAUAGCCGGGACGUAUCUAAAUUGGCGGCAAAGCGCGCUACUGGUCGCCGUCGCGCCGUCGAUGCUCUUUUUGGGAACUCUCUUUAUACCCGAGACACCCUCGUACCUCGUCCUGAACGGCAAAGACGACGAGGCCGCGAAUAGUUUGCAGUGGCUGCGCGGGGAACAUGUCGAUAUACGACACGAGCUCCAGGUGAUAAAAACAAACAUUCUGGCUUCGAGGGUAAAGCAAUACGAACUGAGCUUCAAGAACAGCGUGUUUACGCCGAGGUUGUACAAACCCAUCGCAAUCACGUGUGGCCUGAUGUUCUUCCAACGAUUCUCCGGCGCAAAUGCGUUUAAUUACUACGCGGUACUCAUCUUUCGUCAGACUCUGGGCGGGAUGAAUCCUCACGGAGCGACUAUAGCGAUCGGAUUCGUACAGCUAUUGGCCGCUUUAUUGUCAGGAUUCUUAAUCGACAUCGUCGGCAGGCUGCCGCUUCUAAUAGCCAGCACCGUUUUCAUGUCCCUGGCGCUCGCCGGUUUCGGUAGCUACGCGUAUUACGUGUCAAAAACGCCAAAUUUAGGAUACGUGGACUCGGCCGUGGUCGGCCAGCACGAUUGGAUACCGUUGCUCUGCGUGCUCGUAUUUACGACCGCCCUUGCGCUGGGCAUAUCGCCAAUUUCUUGGCUAUUGAUUGGCGAACUGUUUCCCUUGGAGUACCGCGGCCUCGGAUCCAGCAUCAGCACGAGUUUCAGCUACUUCUGUGCGUUUUUCGGGAUCAAACUUUUUAUGGACUUUCAGCAGAGUCUCGGUCUACACGGAGCCUUCUGGUUUUACGCCGGCGUGGCGAUCUGCGGGCUAUGCUUCGUCGUCUGCUGCGUGCCCGAGACGAAGGGUAAGCAGCUGGACGAGAUGAAUCCGGAUUACGCGCAAGCACGGUAGUAUAAGGCUUCGCUGACGGGGGGCCUCUCGAAUCUAGAGAAGGCGAACAAGCCUUUACCGGGAGGCGCUUAUCCGAACGAGCACGAUCCGCGCGAUCUGUAUCGCAGCGAUCGGCCGGUCGCGACUUCCGCCGGCAUCGCGAUGCCGUCCGCCCGCGCCGCGCAUCGCAAGCUGUCGGAUUACUGCGGCAUCUUCGCCGAGAAGACGAACCGAAUCGGCAGGAACGUGGGCAGCUUCAUGCAAUCCCGCGGCCUGCUACCGAUUCGUCGCUCGGUCGACGAGACGGCAGCGCGUCCCGCGCGUCGCGACGCUUCCAGGAUCAACGGCGACGUCAUCAGAAACAAUCCUAUGAUCCCGCGAGCCGAUCUCGAGACGAGGGAGAAUCGUCGUCGACGUGACGAGAAUCGCGAUCACGAGCGGGACGCAAACGCGCUCAACAAGCACGUGAUGUACUCCAAUAGCACUUACCCGCGGGACGCGCGAGCCAACGCGAGUUACGUCCAUCGUGCCAACGAGACGGAACCUCGUCGCUCCAGGAGGCGCGAGUACGCGGAGGCGAGUUACGAGACUACGGACGAGAUCUGGGCAGGUAUGGGGGCGAGGGGAGGUCCGAGCGUCUCCAAGCCGAUUCUGAGAAACGGCAUCAAUCACGGGGGAGACGAGAGGCCGUAUUACUCGACCCUGCCGCGACGCAGCAGGACCAUCAACUUCAAGGAUCAAGCGCGCGACUCCCCGGAGGGACGCCAACGCGCGUAUCCCAAGAGCCUGCAGGAUCUAACGGAUUUGGAGCUCGACGACAUCGCGUAUUUCCCGUCCUCUCGCGGAGCCCGUCGAGAGAAGAGACUCGACGACGAUUAUCGUCGACGUGCUCGGGAUCGUCGAGAGGAAGACGACAUCGCCUUUGAUGACGAUUAUCUCAGACUCUGCCGGAAUCUGUCGAGAUUGGACGGGUACCCGCGAGGCGGCAGAUACGAACCGGGCCAGGUGCACUAUGAGAGAGAAUGCAGGACUUUCGGCAAGGAUACGGUCGCUUUCAUCUACUACAAGACGUGCUACUUGUGAUCGAAAGCUCUCUCGUUGAUAGACCGUCCAGCGUUACGCACGGUUUACGAUCUCGCGCAGAAAUUCGAACGGUCGGUCGAAUCUUUUUUUUCUUCUCUCGAACGUAUUUAACGAGUGGCGGACACGUUUUCUAUUUGAAAUCGGGCUAGAUUUUUGUGAGACGGAAUAAUUUAGUAAAUCAGUAGAUGAAACGUACCAGGAAAAUUCCCCUUCUCGGCAGAUUCAUAUCUUCUUGACGAUAACAUAUCUAUAAAUCGCGAUAUAAAACAUAUUCGUGGAGGAAAAGGGAAAAAAAGAUUUAAACAAAAAAAAAUGAUCGAGUAAUCGAGUCACAAAUUGCCUUCGUGUCUGGCUUUAAUAAUUAAAUCAUUUCUCGACUGAUAAUAAAGUUAUAUCAUCGAGCUUUAUAUAUAUAUACAUAUAUAUAUAUAUAUAUAUCGUUGCUCCUAUAAAACUUAUCUGAAAAAGCGUGAUAUCUCUUUAGAAAAUAUCCUACAGAGAGAGUUAGGUUCAUAUUUGGUUUUCUACGCGGUAUAAACCAUUACUCCAGAAAAUAUCUUAUAUACUUCGCACAUUUUAUCUUAUCGAAAUAUUCUUAAACACUUUUAAAUCUCAAUUUUAAGAAAUAUAAUAUUCGAAAACGGCACCAAGAUAUACUUGUGUAUACUAGCGUUAGAUCGAACAUAUAAAAUCGCAACGUGUGCUUUAUUUAUUUUUUAUUACUUUUCAGAAGUAUCGCAAUCCUUUUCAUCAGCAAUUACAUGGUUUGUUAAUAAAUUUCCGAUAAAUAUCCCAAGCUCACUCAAAUCAAGAAGCAACAUUUCAAUGCUCUUCACGAAAGCACAUAUAACAUUUUACGCGAAGAAAAAUAUGUGCAUAUAUUGUAUAUAAAUGAAAUUAAAUGAUAUUGACAGAGUCCUUAGAAUAGGAUCGAUAGACUGCUCGUAGACUGCCAAGCAGAUCUUUCCGCAAGGUAAUCAAUAUAUAAUGAGUUUACGAUGACUUUCGCUGCUAUGUUUUCAGGCUAUUAAUGACGCUCGCACAUGUAUAUUCUUUGCGAGAAAAUCGCGCGCGACGGAAAAGAAAAUUAUUAAUUAAUGCUGAAGAUGACAUAUAGCCGAAUACUACAGAGUACGUUAUCAAUGAAGGCGCAUUAAUGUAUCCUUUGCGUACAAAAGUAGAAUAUAUCCUUCGCUAAAAACAGAAUACUCUGGGGCCUCCUCGUAGUCCAGGCGCCAAUGACUUAACUAUGACAAUAUCGAUUAGCAGAUACGUCUACAUAUAUUAUACAUAUAUUAUAUACUAUGUUUCGUAUAAGAUGCGUAUAUUGCGUAUAUAUGGAUUAUUAUAUAUUAUACAUAUAUACGAGACUCCAUUAUAUUCGUGGCACUUAUCGCCGUUAAUUGCGGCGAUACAGAUAAACAAAUUCUCGACAAUACCACAAUUUGCCAAUUUCGCGAAACCGCUAGAGCGAGAGAAAUUUGGUACUAUUAGCUUAU